AUGCGGCGAAUGGUGGACGCCUUUAACACCGGCGAUCUGUCGGCACUGAAUUCGCUGGUCUCGCUUUAUUAUGUCGACCACCAGGGCAUCGAUGGCUCGGAGAUGUUUGGACAGGAUGGUUUCGCCAGUGUUGUUAAGUUCGCCAGGGGGUCGAACCCGGGGCUCAGGGUAACUAUCCAGGAGUUGGAGGCGUCAGGCGACACUGUCAAAGCGCGCCUCACCUGGUUCGAGACAGAACCCGCCCGAAGACCGGGUUCAAUGGAGCAUGCCUCCACCCAACGGCGGACGCUGGAGACCGUCCGGUUUGCCGACGGUCUGGCUGCGGAGCAUUGGGGCAAGGGCCUGCACUGA